CUGCUGCACGGACGGACUCCAAGGUGCUCGCGCAGAGGGAACCUUCCCAGGUUGCAGCCAUAGGCGCCCAACCCGUGGCUUGGCUAGCCUGGCCCAGGAGGACCCCGAACGCUCAGCCCCUCCCUGCUGCCGCAUGCUCGCCCUCCAAACACACUGGAGCACCGCCCUGACACACCCCCAAGACGGGCUCGCCCCUCAGCCCCGGUUUAUCUGCUCGAGAUGCCCGUGUCGCGCCCGCUCCUGCCUGACCAACCACUCAACCUUGGAACCCAUUGCCUGCCCGAUCGGCGGGCCACUUGCAGUACUUACAGGGCCACAGCCGCCGUCUCGUCUGCCAUAAGCCCCUGAUUGACUUUGUCUCCCUCUCCUUCCACGCUCACCUCCCACUCACCUCGAAUUCUCGAGCCCGUACUUCUAUCACUGCAGCGCCGGUCGUCGCCACAUAAUACACCAUCAUGAAGAAGUUCGGUUUCGGCAAGAAGGACAAGUCCGGCGGCGGCGAUGAUGACGCCAACCGCUCCGCACUCUUCGGCAAGAAGAGUGCCUCGGGCCCGCCGCAGUCCGACAACCCUUACGCCCAGGCCCAGCCUGCCAAUGACCCGUACAUGGACAGCCAGAAGUACAUGUCCCCCUAUCAACAAGCUCGCAGCAACCUCGGCCCUCCAGCAGGCAGCCCUGGACCACAGGGUCGCCCGGGAGGUCUCCCCAGCGGACCCGGUGUCAGACGACAGGACAGCCAGAGCUCUACAGCAACGGCGCCCCCACCAUACUCGAAUGCCGCUCCUCCCAGCGGUGGCUACUCCAACGACAGAUAUGGCGCGCCGUCCGGGUAUGGCAGCAACAAGUACGCAGGCUCCGGUGGCUACGGUGGCGGCCCGUCUCAGCGACCUGGAGGGUACGGUGGCCUCGGACGCACCGACAGUAACGACACGGACGAAAACCGUGACGCGCUGUUCUCGGGAGCCCAGCAACGACAGCAACAGCAGAGGACCUCCAACAACAAUGAUGCCUACGCCUCUAAUGCUGGUGUAGGAGGCGGUAACAAAUACGGAGGCUACGGCGAAGAGCGCCAGCUUACUGCUGAGGAGCAAGAGGACCGGGAGGCAGACGACAUCAAGGACGAGAUCCGUGAUAUCAGACAGCAGUCAAAGCAGUCUGUGAUGAACUCGGAGGCAAUCACGAACCAGAUUCUUGAGAACGCUUCCGCGACAUAUGCCAGACUUGGUGCUCAGCAUGAGCGGUUGAACUACACGGAGCAACAGCUUGACCACGGAUCGCUGGCUGCGCGCCAUGCCAGAACUCAGGGCCUUAAGGAGCUUCAAUAUUACAACAGGAGCAUGUGGAAUCCCGGUAUGAAGAACCCAUUCUCGUCGGGUAAGCGGAACCAAGAAUACGAGAAGGCUCUCCUGGAACAAAACCAACAGGAUCGGGCAACCCGCGAAACUACCCGGAAGGAGGGCUAUGCCGCGAACCAAUCUAUGGAGCAGGGUUUUAAAUCGCUCUCUGGAGCUGAUCCAAGCCGUGGAGCUUGGAAGCCCACUAGUGCAGCUGAGCGCUCAAAGUACACGUUCGAAGAGGGCGAGUCAGAUGAGGAAGAGAUUGACCAAGGUCUCGAGCGGCUGUCGAAUAAUGUCCACAAGAUCAAUUUGGCUGCCCGGCUCAUUGGCAAUGAGAUUGAUUCGCAGAACGAUCUCAUCGAUCGCCUCGGCACAAAGAGCGAUGCACUCAGCGACACAACGCUACUGAACACAGCAACGCUGAACAAGAUCUCACGGAAGGGCUAGAGGGAAUGGAGCGGAAAGUACGCUGGGACAAGAUAAUGGAGAAUACAUUUCGGCACAGUUUGUCAAGCUGGCAGACAGACAAACGUAGUGGCCGGAGCACAUUGUUGGUAUCGGUCGGGUUCUUGUGUCAUCAUGGCAGAUAUAUACCGUAUCGGGGCUUUGUAGACUUUUCAACCAGCAUACUGCAUCUUGACAUGACAUUCCUCCAAGCACUUGCAACGGGCGCGCACAGUUCUAUUGUGCAAUAUACACUGUAUGCUCCA